CCUGGCGCGGUGCAUGCUGGGAGAGCCGAGGCCGGGCAGCAGCAGUUAAGCAGCUAAGCAGCUACAGCCGGCACACAACCUUCACUUUGGCCUCACUUUCAGCCUCCUCGCCCCGCUCACCUGCACCCAUCGCACCUCUGUGGACUGUAGGCGGCCUCACCCGAGUCAUGGAUGCGUGUGGCCGGAGCGGCAAGGUGUAGCAGGACGACUGGUCACCAUGGAGCCUGACGUCAUCCGCCUGUACUCGUCGUCUCCGCCCCCCAUGGAGGACGCCGAUGAAGAGGACGACGAGUUUGGCGACUUCGGCACAUUCUCCGCCGUGUCCGCCAGCGUCAGCUUCAGCGACUUGGACACGCCCACUUCUUUCAACCGGACGCAAGCGCUGGCCGCCACCUCGCCCCCGGAGCUCCUCAACGGCGGCGGGGUGUUGAGGGUCGGCCACAGCGGCCCCCCCGCCGAGUCCAAGGCCAAAGGCCCCGAGGUCCUCAGAAGCUCAGAGUGGACCGCCAUAAAGCCAGCGGACGCUCACGUAAACGGCGGCGAUGGCGAGGUCCUGACAAAUGGCUUUGCGAGCUCGGACAUUCGGCGAAGUCCACAAAGUUCUGUGCACUGUCUCGCCAGCGAGGACACAGGAAGUGUUGACAGUCUGGAGGCUGAGUUUGCGGACUUUGCCGCUUUCUCCGAUGCGGAGCACGCAGACGUCCACGCCUCGGCGGACCUCGUCAGAACCGAACCCGCCUCGCCCGAAUCCGCUUCUAUUUCUGCUGAGGAAUCACGUGACCCGGACGCCACGCCGAGGGACGCAGACUUUGCACACGAGCACGCCGCCUCCACUUGCACAAAGCAACCUCUCGUUGUCAACAGGGACUCCGACGAUGUCGCCGCCACCUUGCCGCACACGGACAAUGAAGUGGAGGGCGGGCCGUCAGACCAGAGGAGCUCAGAGAAAGAGACAGAAACCGAGACCUCGUUAGGGCGGCCGCUGUCGACGGAGGCUCCAGAGGAGUAUGGCGACAUGAGCACGACGGGCUCGGCGCCCUCGCCGCCCCUUCUUGAAGAGACCACCACCCCCGCCGACCACAGCCAGCUGACGGGGGACGAGGACGACCAUGAGUUUGGGGACUUUGGAGAUGCAGUGGGCGACCGACCGCAAGUCCAACAUGGACAGCAGCACUCGCAGAGCCCUGCCAUGUCACUGGAAGCUGAGGGGGCGGAGCUUGAUGACGAAUUUGGAGACUUCAACUCUCCUAAAUUUGACUGUGGAGCCACAGAGGAGGGAGGAGCCUCCUUCGCCUCCAGCAGCAGCUUCGGAAACUUCAGCUCGGCCGCCGACGCCGGAUGGAGCGCCUUUGGGGAGGCUGAGCACGGGACGGCGCCGGAGAAAGAGGAGUCGACGACAUCUGGCGAGUCGUCGUGGGCGGCGUUCGGCUCAGAGAGUACCACCCUACCUGUGGAGGACGUCCAGGAGGCGUGGCACCAGGCAGAAGUGUCCUCCUGCCACCUGGAGAGCGGCGGACAGACGGAGGCGCUGUGGAGUCGUGUGUUUGAGAGCAACUUCCCCUCGGCUCCCCUCUCCCCUGUGGAGGAGCAGGUGGUGUCCCUCAGAGUCCUGCUGGGGCCCCGGGACGAUCAGGAAGUCACAAGAGUGCUGCACGGCGGUGUGUGGAGCCAGCUGGAAGACGUGGACGAGGCGGUGGGCCUGAGACAUCAGUGGGGAGGUUCCUACUGCAACAAGACGCUGCUGGGCUGCCUGGGCAUCGACACACGCAACAUUUUGUUCACGGGACAGAAGAAGCAGCCCGUCAUUGUGCCCAUGUACGCCGCCAGCCUGGGGAUGCUGGAACCCACCAAAGAGCCGAUGAAGAUCGUCUCAGCAGCAGAGAUGAUCGCCUCCAUCGCACAAGCACCAUCAUCAUCAUCAUCAUCAUGUCCUCCAGGGACUAACUCGUCUUCCUCUCAGGCAGUGCAGGAGGUGCUCCCCCCUGUCCAGUUUGACUGGAGCAGCAGUGGCCUUACAAACCCAUUGGACGCCAAUGGCGGCUCCUUCCUCUUGAACCUGGACUUCUUUGGUCCUGUGGACGAUUCAGGCUUCACCUGCUCGCCCUCCAUCCCAGGUGUGGACCCGGAGCUGUUUGAGCUGACCACGGCCAAGAUGGACCCCGCUGGCGCCGGCAGCCGCGUGGCCGACGCCUUCGCCCGCCUGAUGUCCACCAUGGAGAAGACCAGCACUUCCACCAGGAAGUUGAGGAAGGACGAGAACUUGAGCGAAGAGGCUGCCGACGUCAUCACCCGCCUCCCCGACCUCACCUUCAUGUCCGCCAAGGUGCUGAUGUUUCCCACCACGCUCACGCCGCUGGCCUCCCAAGCCACGCCGGACUGAAGACAAAACAUUCCCCCUCAUGCUUUUAUUUUGUAAGUCACUCUCUUCCUUUUUCCUCUGUGAUCCCAGCAUUUAUCCUGACAGCAAAGCGGGAAGUGACGUCACUUCCUGCUUUGCUGCCCAUUUCCUGUCUGGCUGAGUGAGGGUGUACAUGAUCAGGGAAGUGGCAUCAAUAUCCAAUCAAUACUUUCAUUUAUUCUAUUUAUAGACUUGAAUGUUUCAUCUGCGGUGCACGUGCCUCGUGCAACCGCAGCUGGCGGGAAAGCCACGCCUCCGUCCUGCGUGUGUGUGUGUGUGCGUGCGUGUGUGUGUGCGCGCGCGUGUGUGUGUGUGUGUGUGUGUCGGGGUGAAACCACUGAGGUUGUGUAAUGAAGGGACCAAUUAGGACUUUGCACUUUGUGAAGGUGACAUGUUGUGCUGACUGUACAAAAGCAAGAGACUUCCUGUGGAAUCACUGAAGAGCGGUCAGUUGUCACGCAUGCCGGCUCUUCAUUUCACAAUAAAAGUCAUUUAAGAGGAACAAACGUUUCCUGUCAUUGGCCUGGAAGGAAUGCUAACUUUCUUAGCAUUAGCGCAGAACUGUCGAACCUGUUUUUAUUGAGGCUGCCCCCAGAAGGCCACAUGACACAUUGACCACGUGACGGCCAAAUGACAUUACGUGGAAGGCCAUAUGAAUGAAUGGCGGGCCGAGUUAAAUGACACUACAGGUCACUUAAAUGAUGUGGCAAACCACAUUGGGUUGCAUGACAUCAUUAAAUGACGUGGAAGACCACAUGAAUGAAUGGCGGGCCACGUUAAAUGACGUGGCAAACCACGUUAAAUGACGUGGCAAACCACAUUGGGUGGCAUGACAUCAUUAAAUGACGUGGAAGACCACAUGAAUGAAUGGCAGGCUGCUUUAAAUGAUGCUACAGGCCACCGUAAUGAUGUGGCAAACCACAUUGGGUGGCAUGACAUUAAAUGAAGUGGAAAGUCACAUGAAUGAUGUGGUGGACCUCAUUAAAAGGCAUGCCAGGUCAUGUAAAUUGAAGGGCCACAACAAAUGACGUGGAAGACCAAAAUGAAUGAAUGUCGGGCCACUUUAAAUGACUAUAUAGGCCACGUAAAUGAUGUGGCAAACCACAUUGGAUGGCAUAUCAUUAAAUGACGUGGAAUGCCACAGGAAUGAUGUGGUGGAACUCAUUAAAUGGCAUGUUGGGUCAUGUAAACUGAGGGGCCACAAUAAAUGAUGUGGAAGACCAAAAUGAAUAAAUGGUGGGCCACAAUAAAUGAUGUGGUAAACCACAUUGGAUGACUUGGAUGAAGGUGUGGUGAAUUUAUCUUCUGCAUUUGACCCAUCACCCUUUUUCACCCCCUGGGAGGUGAGGGGAACAGUGGGCAGCAGCAGUGGCCACGCCCCGGGAAUCAUUUUUGGUGAUUUAACCCCAAAUCCCAACCCUUGUUGCUGAGUGUCAAGAAUGAUGUGAUGGGUCAUGUUAAACUAUAUGAGGCCAUGAUAAAUGACGUAGAAGAGGGUCAUGUUAAACUAUGUGAGGGGCCACAAUAAAUGGCAAGGAAGACCACAUAGAAUGAUGUGGUGGGCCACAAUAAAUGACAUGUGGGGCUCAAAUUAUGUGGCAGGUUAUAUUAAAUUAUGUGACAGGCCACCACAGUCAAUGAUGUGGACGACCUCAUUAAAUGGUGUGGCGGGUCUUAUUAAACUAUGUGGGGGCCAAAAUAAAUUACGUGGAAGACCACAAUGAAUGAAUGAAUGGCAGGCAAACCACGUUGGAUGACAUCAUUGAAUGAUGUGAUGGACCUCAUUAAAUUGUGUGGCAGGUCAUCUUUAACUGUGUGAGGGGCCACAAUAAAUGACAGCAGAAGACUG